AUGGAGCCUAGGCAAAGCACCGUUUUGGAGAAUGAAAUGGCUACCGCGCCUCAUCCCGUGCAGCCUACCUCGGAGCCAAUAACGCCACGACCCUCAACGACCAUGGAGCCUGUUGCCGCGGUCAGCAACGGAAGUGAUAGUACACUUUCAGAUCCUGCCUCUACGGUACUCCCGGGCUCGACGGUCGGCAUACAAGGGGAGAAUUCGCCAAACCCGGAUUCGACUGCGAGCCAUCCGAUCGUUGCUACGAAAGCCGGAAGUGCUCACGAUUCCAUGGUUACGGUCCGACUUUCUGGACCUGAGUCACCUUUGACUGUCGAUACAAGCGUCGGGUCUUCUCAUCCGGUAAUCGCCAGAAAGAGCAUUGCCACCCACGAACCCGGGUCCAUAAACAGUAUGGCCGAGACUGCGGACUACGGAAAGGUGACUGUGGAGGGUAUUGAGUUGGUAACAGAAAAUUCGACAGCUGGCCCAAAUCUAGCGGAUGAACUUGCUGCGGCUGCAGAGGAUAAUAAGAGUAACACGGCCGUGGCAGAAAGCGAGAGUUCAAGCAUCGAGAGCGAUGAUGCAGUGACUCCGACACCCGAAUCCAAUCGCGAAUCGACCAAAAAUCGCUCUGCUUCGCCACCGCCCGACCCCGAAGAUGUUGUGAACUGGGAAUCUCUUCAAAAACGCGAGGAUGAACAAUUGAAUGAAGAAACUGCGGACAAUACCGCACUCCUACUCGCGAGGUUGGAGCAAGAAAAUGCCAAACUUGCGACGAAUCCUAAGAGCGCCAAGGCUAGGCUCAUUGACAACAAACGCAAGUCACGACCGCCCUCGAUGGCGCAACUGAGGAAUAUGGUUACCGGUCCCACGCCGUCGGCUCUACGGUACUCGAUGCUACCGCCGCCGCCGAUGACGGAUCUCGAAUUUUACGCUGCCUUGGUGAAAGAUUAUGAACAGACAGCCGCCAGACUACCGACGUUAUUGUCCCACAAGAUUCGCAAAGGAAUCCCACCGCCGCUUCGCGGUGUUGUCUGGACGAGCAUGUCAGGCGCCCGCGAUGUCGCGCUCGAGGAACAGUUCGAGUACCUCUCUGGCGAGUCGAGCCCGUUUGAGUGCAUCAUCAGCAAGGACCUCGGCCGCAGUUUCCCUGGUGUGGACAUGUUUCGCGAGGCCGACGGGGAGGGCCAGCGGAUGCUUGGCAGGGUGCUCAAGUGUUAUUCGAUUUACGACCCCGAGAUUGGAUACUGCCAAGGGCUUGCCUUUUUGGUCGGUCCACUGUUAAUGCACAUGCCUGACAAGCAGGCAUUCUGUGUUUUGGUGAGGUUGAUGGAGAAUUAUGAUCUUCGCAGCUGUUUCUUACCAGACUUGUCUGGCUUGCAUGUCCGCAUAUGGCAAUUCAACCAGCUGAUUCAUGAGCAUCUGCCGGUUUUGUCGAACCAUUUGGACGAUUUACAGGUCGACCCUGUAUACGUUUCACAAUGGUUCCUCUCUUUCUUCGGGACAGCGGCUCCCCUACCAUUCCUGUUUCGUAUCUACGACGUGCUAUUUGCGGAGGGAUCGACGGAGACCCUACUGAGGGUUGCAUUAUCGCUAAUGCGAAAAAACGAAAGGCGAUUGUUGGCGUGCACGGAGUUGGAUGGGGUUUUGGCGCUGUGCCUGUCGCGCGGAUUGUGGGAUUGCUACAAUUACAACGCCGACGAAUUCAUUCAGGACGUCGUCUCACUCAGCGAUAUUGUCAACCGAGAGCGAUUGGUCGCGCUCGAGCAAGCUUACUAUCGUGAGUCAACCCAGCUAAGGCUUGGCAGUCCCAAUGCCGCACGGCAAACCUCGGAUGUCAGCACCGCAGCCUCCCGAUUUUUGGGUCGGUUCACUUCUUCAAUCUCCAGCGGCCCCACUUCAUCCAAAUCACAAUCGCAGCCACCCGCAGUUCCAACCCCUAGCUCCAUCUCAUCUUCAUCAACCAUCACUCCAACAACGAACUCCUUAACGACGCCGCCUUCCCACGUUGCGUCUUUCGCAGCUUCGACCGCUGCAUCUUCAGUCACCAAUAGUCCCGGGUUGGCCGCUCCCUCGCGACCGACCAGCAUGCUUCGGAGGAGCACCUCCAAGCAGAGCCUGGCCUCAACCUUGAAUUCCAUGGAGGCGAACUCGACUUCGACAUCAUCAUCGUCCGCUGUUAGCGUCCUAAGCUCGGCAUCUACCGAAGCGACAUCCAUAUCGAGAGAUUCACACGUUCCCCAACAGAGCCAGCAGUCCGCUGCCAAGGGCGGCACCGCUGACGACCGAUACAUCGAGGAGCUUCUCCUAUCGCUUAGUGAUCUCCAACGCCAACAAGUGCUUCUAGCGGAACAGUUACAAAGGGAGCGCGAAGAUCGGGAAGAAGACAGACAGGCUAUUAAAAAAUUGUUACAUGGCUUGCAAGAAAACGGCACCGUCCAAGAUAGUGCUAGUCCAGAUGCUGAUAGCUCCGAGUCGGAGACGGGUCAAUUGGCUGCUCUAGUCAGUUCCGUGGAAAGCCGUUUCAGCGAUGAUACCGAAACCAGCGCCUCGCUGAUCGUUGAGACGAAAACAGAAUUACGCGACCAGCUGGCUAGGACAAAGGAGCAACUAAACAACGAACUUGCGAAAAGUCAAGACCAGUCUCGCAGGGAAGCAGAUCUUCAACAAGAGAUAUCCUCACUAAAGGACCAACUCCGCGCAAGCCAGUCUCAUGUCCGCACCGCCUUCCAAGACAAGCAGAGGCUCGAGAAGCAAAUACACUCGAUGAGGGCCAGGGCCUCGGCCGCUGAAAAUACAUCGUCGUCCGAUCAGACGACCAUAGGAGGCGCCAUAGGAGGCGCCACCGAAUGGUUUGGAAGGGCGACGGGCACUGGCGCAGGCGCUGCGGGUGGGCUUCGGGAACUCAAACUUGGGCGGAGUCUGUCGACACCCUCCCAGGCCUCGCAGGCCGGAUCAGGCUCGCCUCCUUCGCUGAAGCGGGCAUCUUCCAUUUUCACAACCGCCUCUGUUCGUGGCGCUGGUUCUCGCGAAUCGCUGGUUCCCCUGCCAACCUCAGCGCCAUCUAGCGAACACGAGGCCCUCUUGCUAGAGCUAGUGCAAGCCAAGACUGCCGAGGCUAUAGCCCGACAGGAAGCGGACGAGGCCAAGCAAAAACUCAAGACUCUGCGAGAAUCUCUCGGUCUAGGCCCUGCGGACUCGUUACCUGGGGCUCAACUCAAUUCUGGAGCAGCAGGCGGUGCCUCAGCGGCUGCCUCAGCUGCUAUGGGCAUGUUUGGGCGCUUGACCACUACCAUUGCGGAGACUGCUUCAGCCAAAACGGGGGCGACGCCGGCCCCCGCUGCACCCGCUGCUCCUACGCCUGUCUCGACCCCUCCGGCCGGCGGUUUCUGGGGUUGGAGGCGAGGUUAA